AUGGCAUCUUCAAGUUCAUCAAAAUAUUCUAAGUCAAAUUCGAACAUUUCCAAGAGCAGGAGCACAAUUGAUUAUGCUCACCCUUAUCACUGUGAGAAGCCUUCGCAAGUUUGGACCUCAACUACGGCUAAUAAUCCGGGUAGAAAGUUCAAAGAUAAGAAGAAGAAGAAAUGUGAUUUCUGGGAAUGUGUCGAUCAAGAUGAAGAACUAAUAAAAGAAGACAACACUGAAGUCAAGAUAUCAAUAUUGGAAAAUAAUUUUUGGACACAUAAGGUGAAGGCAGUUUUGAUAAAGGAAUGGAAUGGAAUUAUUGAUUACUGCUUAAUUAUUGAUUACUGCUUAAUAUUGAUUGCUCAUACUGGAAUGGAAUCAGUGAUUCCUGAAAUGGAAUGGAAUUAUUGA